AACUGACUCUGACUCUUCAUCAGAACUCUCAACUUCUCAAGUAAACUUUGGGCUCUUCACUGAUUACACAUUCCCGGAACUGGAGCACAGAUUGGGGCAAUUACCGGUCGCCGGCUCACCGGAAAGCUCCAGACGACGGUCUGUACCCUAAAUCCACGAUGGAAAAUCAUCAGGAGUCUCUGAAGAAGGUUCACCACUAUAACCACGAUGAUUCCUGCAAAUUCUCCAGAUGGACAACCAAGGAAUGUUACCAGUUCAUGUCUGCCAGGAAAUGGCAUAGAGUUGCUGAAUUUUAUUCAGAAAUGGUGAAAGGCCAGUCGAAUUUGGAAGCAGUGUUUCAAAGAGAGGUUCUGCUACAGAUCCCUGCCAUUCAAGAUGAAGCAAAAACUAAAGAAUAUACUGUGGAAUCUGCAGUGGGUAGCUUUCCAGUUGAAGAUAGGACUGGAAGAUGGGCAAGAGUGACAUUUAAGAUAGUGCUAUCAUAUCAUGGGCCCUCCUUCGGUGGCUGGCAGAAGCAGCCGGGUCUUAAUACUGUUCAGGAAUUGGUUGAAAAAGCUCUUGGAAAAUUUAUUGAUGACAAAAAAGCUCAACAACUAAUGGAUAAGAACUUACCAUUAGAAGGUUGUGCUGUAGUUGCUGGGCGCACUGAUAAGGGGGUUUCAGCCUGUCAACAAGUCUGUUCUUUCUAUACUUGGAGAAAGGACGUUAAGGUUCAAGACAUUGCAGAUGCUAUAAAUAGCAUAUCACCAGGGACGAUAAGGGUAGUUUCUGCAACUAAGGUCUCAAGAGAAUUCCAUCCUAACUUUUCUGCCAAGUGGAGGCGAUACCUGUACAUCUUCCCUUUAGAGGAAGAGCUGGUCUGGCAACACAGGAAGGAUGUUGCAGAUAAGUACUCUUCUGAUGCUCAUCAACUGAAUCAAUGUGCUGAAAAUUUGGAACAACAAUGUGCUGGCAAUUUCGCUGAAGAAAACAAUGCAUGUGCAAUAGGAAAUGCCAAGGAUGAAGUAGUUCCUGGCAACAAACCUACUGGUUUUGAAGUAAGCCGCGUGAACCACUUACUGCGCCAAAUAGAAGGAAAGCUUCUGUCCUACAAAAUGUUUGCACGGGAUACCAAACCUUCAAGGAACAUCGGUCCACCAACAGAGUGCUUUGUUUACCAUGCCCGAGCUAUGGAGGCGUCAUUGCCAUGUGCCAAGGAUGGGAGUCAUACAAAAGCAAUGUGCAUUGAGUUGGUUGCCAAUCGCUUUUUACGCAAGAUGGUUAGGGUAUUAGUUGCAACAGUAAUAAGGGAAGCAGUUGCUGGUGCAGAUGAUGAUGCAUUACUGAAGCUGAUGGGUGCUACUUGCAGGCGUGCCACUGCUCCACCUGCACCGCCAGAUGGCCUUUGCCUUGUGGAUGUUGGUUAUGCGGAGUUUGAUGGUACAAACUGUCUGAUCCCCUGAUGAGAUCACUAACAGAGACGUGAAAAUUGUCCGACUUGAUGUUGGAACCCCCUAAAUUGCAGUGGUAGAUUGGCUAGUGAGCAGCAAUAUCAUAGAUGGAGCUGUGUUUGACAAUUUAUUGCAUUAUGGCCGCUAAUCCUGCUUGCAGAGCAGCAAAGGGCCUGCACGAAUGCAUGACCGGUCCUAGGGGAGGGCAGCAGGGGCGACCGCCUUAGGCCCGAAAAAAGUAGAAAGAAAAAUAGGCCCAAGUUUUUUUUUCUUUAUAUGUAAUAUGAGUAGGCUUCUUUUUUUUAUUUAUAAU